ACACACAACACCUUUAGUGCACACUCACAAAACAUAUCUAAACACUUGCAAAGAUCUCCAACUCCUAUCAACAAGUUCUUGUGUUGUACCAUGGCUAAUUGCAGAUUUUCAUUAGUGAUUUUUUCAUCUAUGAUUCUAAUGCUAUUGUCAGCAAGCAGUGGAGCACGAAAUCUUGAGGAAUCAACAUUGCCUAAGCCAGAAAUUCCACAACUUGAUAAACCUGAGUUACCACCUCUUCCUGAAUUACCAAAGCCUGAGUUACCUAAACCAGAGAUUCCUAAGGUUCCUGAAUUUCCUAAGCCUGAGGUUCCUAAAGUUCCUGAGUUGCCAAAACCAGAGUUACCUAAAGUUCCUGAAUUGCCUAAACCAGAGUUACCUAAAGUUCCUGAAUUGCCUCAAGUUCCUGAGCUGCCUAAAGUGCCUGAAUUGCCUAAACCAGAGUUACCUAAAGUUCCUGAAUUGCCUCAAGUUCCUGAGCUGCCUAAAGUGCCUGAAUUGCCUAAAGUACCUGAGUUGCCUAAAGUACCUGAACCUGAGUUGCCUAAAGUACCUGAGUUCCCUAAAGUACCUGAACCUGAGUUCCCUAAAGUUCCUCAAGUUCCUAAAGUAUUUCCUACCACCAAUCCUUGAGUUUCAUGGAUGUGAUAUGAGUUAGCAUAUGAUAAUUUGCACUUGUGUUAGUGUAUAAUACUAUAAUAUGCUGCUGGUCCUUGAGAGUGAUUAUCUUAGUUUACUAUAUUUUGAACUUUAGUGUACGUUAAGUUAGAAGUUAUGUUUAUAGUUGAUUAUUGUUAUACUACUACAUACUGAUAGACAUUAUCCUUCAUGUACGAGUUAAAUGUUGUGAUUUUAAUAAGAUUGUGUACUUUCUACUCCAA